AUGGCAUUGGCGGGAGCGGCUGCGCAACAAGUUUUAGCGGGAAUUAUUGUCGGAAAUUUUUCGGAAAGCAGUGAAAAUGAUGACGAAGACCAAAGGCUAAUAAAGCAGCCGUUUACCAUCCGUCAGAUUUCUGAGAAAAUCUUGUACCAACAGACCCAGUUAAAUAGGGAGGUAUUUAAUUUUGUUUUAGACCUUCUAACUCCGUAUCUAACACCCAACACAAGAAAAGGACGUUACCAACAUCUAACGCCAAUGCAGAAGUUGUAUGUCGCUUUGCAAUUUUAUGCCACAGGAAGUUACCAAUGGUUAGUUGGUAGUAGUGGUAGAAUGUCUCAGUCCGAAGUAUGUCAGGCCAUCAGGGCAGUUACAGACGCUUUUGUAGCAGUGUCCCCUCAGUUCAUUAUUUUUCCAGAUGCUGAGGAAUACCCAGCUGUGAAACAAAAUUUUUACAGAUUGGGCAUCACAAGACAUGGACGAGGCUUUCCACAUGUGUUAGGAGCAAUUGACUGCACACAUGUUAGGAUCCAGGCACCCACAAAUAGACCAGAACAAUAUCUUAACAGGCACAUUUACCACUCAAUUAAUGUUCAGUUAAUUGUAGGUCCUGACUUGAUCAUAUACAAUGUUUUUGCUGAAUAUCCUGGCUCAAAUCAUGACUCCUACAUCUGGCGCAAUUCCGCUGUUCGAGAUGGUUUAGCCAAUGGAAACUUUGGUGAAGGCUGGCUUGUAGGAGAUUCUGGUUAUCCUCUAGAACCAUGGAUCAUGACUCCGGUUGGGCAAGUUAACACACCUGCAGAAUUGUUAUACAAUUCUGUGCACAUCUCCACAAGAAAUCCAGUGGAAAGGACAAAUGGAGUUUUAAAAAGUCGUUGGCAUGUUCUAGAUUCUCCUCUAAAGUAUUCGCCAAGAAAAGUUUGUGCAAUAACAACAGCAUGUUGUGUACUGCAUAACAUUUGCACAAGGCAUAACUUAGGCGUUGACAAUCGACAAGAAUAUCCACUACAUGACGACUUUCCUUGUCAAGAACCCCCAAAUCCCAACUAUGCUAAUAUUAGACAAAAUCUGAUUGAACGACAUUUCACCUAA